AUGAGAUCUUCAUUGCGAAAUCAGGACAUUGCCCGUUACAUGGACGAUCUCAAGUUCCUCAACGGCACGUGCGGUCCUGUGCGGUCUCCAACGACAUGGUUAGGGGACCACGAGCUGGAUGUUCCUUCUGGAAAGGAAUGUGCUACGAAGUCUCAAUUGCCGACGUGGGGUUUCUUUACCUUUGUAUUCUUUGGGGUUGUUCCAAGACAGCAGUCAGCCCAGUACAGCCGACGACUAUAA